AUGAGCCAUUUGAAGAAGAUAUACAUGCUGAAGCGUGAUCGGGAGGAAGCAAUGUUCAGCUCACCAAAGACACCGUCGAAGAAGAUAGCAUACAAGCACAUGCUUGUGUCGCCUAUUCCGUUGGCGCAGGUGUCUAUACAGUCAGUGCCGCAUGCGAUCGAUGGCAAAGAGUCGUCGACGAUUGGAGAAGACUCGGUGUUCAGCGACGGAUUUUUGCAAGCCGACAUGGAUACCGAUGUUGAAUGUAGAAAAGACGGAGCAUGCAACUUUAUAUGCAAAACUGGCGAAGGUGCGUUUUAUGAGGUGUUUGUGAAUAAGAAGGGAGAAAGCAGAAAUGAUGGAGAUGAGGAUGAGCUUGUGAUGGUUUCAAAGAAUAGAAAGCUGUGCAUUUAUGACAUCGAUUACACUGUUGUGAAGAAGAGCAAGAAGAGAGUGUCUGGAGGGCUUGAUAGAAAGAACAGGAUGAAGGAGGUGGAGAUGCUGCGAAAGAUAAGGUCUGAGUAUGUGGUGAAGUAUCAUGAUGCAUGGGAAAGUGGAGGGCAUCUGUUUAUAGAGCUUGAGUAUUGCAGUAUUGGGACGUUGAGAGAUUACAUCCACGAGGUGUAUUUUCUGAAGAAGUCGAGGUUUUCUGGGGAGAUAGUGAAGAAAAUGAUGUAUGAGCUGGCAAAUGGGUUGAAUACGAUUCAUGAGUGUGGGAUAGUGCAUCUUGACCUGAAGCCUGAGAAUGUGCUGGUGAAGAGUGUGCUGCCUGGAGAUGCUUGCGAGGGCAGAUGCAUAUGUGAGUUUCCAGUGGAUCCGAGCGUAUUUGUUUUCAAGAUUUCUGACUUCAACAUCAGCAGGUAUGAGGGAGAGGACAUUGAUGAUGACGGCGACAAGAGAUACAUGGCGCCGGAGGUGCUCCAGGAUGUAUGCACCAAGGCGAGUGAUGUGUAUAGUCUUGGGAUGAUUUACCUAGAGGUGCUUGCGGAGAUUAUCCUUCCGAGAAGUGGAGAUAGCUGGAUGAGGCUGCGAAGGAACGACUUCCGUGGAAUCAAGAUUGAUAGGGUGUGCAAGAUGAUGCUUGAUAUGAACUACAAAAAGCGGCUGAGUGCUCUAGAGGUUGCAGACAUGUUUUUAUGA